AUGUCUGAUGUCAUUACUAAUGAGGGACACUUUCUAAGGAAGUUACAGCCAAUUGACGAUAACGGCCUGGGCUCUAGUGGCUGGCCUGAAGUGCGCCUCAUUCUUGUGCCAGAUGCCUCGAGUUCACAGGCAACUCAUUUGAGUGAGAGCUCUUGGGCAUGGCUUUCUCCAGUUGCGACAGCGGCGCGCGUACGCGCUCAUUGUUAUGAAUUUCAGUACAAUCCUAGGCCUAAGGGUGCUACCAUUUGGCAGGCCCUAAAUGAUGGCGGAGAUAUUCUUUUGAACUUCUUGCUUCAGCUUGAUUCAGGAAUAGAGUCUCAUACAGCGGUGGUCUUGAUCGGACAUGGGCUUGGGGGAUUCCUCGCAAAAAAGGCCCUCACUCGCCUUUCGGAGCGUUACUUCGACCCAGCAGCUCGACGUCUCUCGGAUAAGCUUACACAAGUUAUUCUUAUCGGCUGCCCUCAUCCAACACUAGAUAAUAGGGACAACUGGCGGCUUUUAGACAAUGUGCUUAAACACUAUCGGAAGAUGGGUUCUAGAGAUCUGGUAGCUGCGGCGGAGGAAGCCGGUAUUGUUGCGAACCUCUGCUCUAAGUUUCAAGAAGCUGGCAUCCAAUGCCCGGUCAUAACCACUUACGAUUCGCAAGCGACGAAAAUACGACACUGGAUUAACCUCUUUAAAGCAGAAAAGCACAUACUUAUCAGCAAGGAUUUUGCCGAGACCGGCGUCAGAAAUGAGGAUUUGAUCCCUCUCGAUCUGGAGAAUCAUGAUAUGCGCUCGCUUGGGAUGGAUACUCAGAGUAAAGAUCCUCAAAGUAGAGAAUUUGAGACGAUUGUCCAAUCGUGUUUGACACAGGCCAUGACAAGACUUCGUCCACACACGCCACAAGGACAUGGUUAUCUUGAUCCAGGAGCAUUCAAGGAUAGUCCUUUCACUAUGACAAUGUCUGAGGAAACUCGUUCAAUUGCACAUCUUCAAGUACCACGCGCUGAACCAGUUGAUGCAACAGCUGGCGCAACAACCAGUAGUUCAACGAAUAGAAGUGUCGGAUCUGUAGAUCCGAACCCCGGACCCCCGCGUCUCCCCUGUCACGUCUUUGGCCAUCCACGUAAUCUAGAUUUCUUUGGGCGCUCUGAAAUCCUUGAUCUAAUAGACGAUUCCCUACUACCGAAAGAGUCGAAAGACCCCAACGAUCCCAGGACUUUACAGAACUUCGCUAUAUGCGGGACUGGGGGAAUGGGGAAAACGCAAAUCGCCCUCGAAUAUGCUCAUUCACGCAAAGCUUGCUUCGACGCGAUAUUCUGGAUCACGGCGGACAACAAAACUAGUAUAGCUGCAUCAUUUAGCACAAUUGCAUUGUCUCUUGGUAUAGCGACUGAAGCUGAAGUAACUGACCUUGCGGUGUGCUUUGGAAUUGUUAUGCGAUGGCUAUCAAAUCCCACGAAACCGGUCGAUGGAGGCGAGAGAUCUAUCGGAGCAUCCUGGCUUCUUGUAUUCGAUAAUGCAGACGCUAUUGACCUCAUGUCCGAGUUCUGGCCGUCUACUGGUAUUGGUUCUGUCCUGAUCACCACGCGGGAUCCGGCCGGCAAAGAUUACUGUCUCGGAAGAGGUAUCUCGUUGCAACCGUUGCUCGGAACCGACGCGCUCGAGUUUUUCAAGAUCCAACUCCAAAAAGACACCGAGAUGGAGCAUCAUAUAAACGCGGAAUUUGUUGAGAAACUCUAUGGUCUACCCCUGGCCAUUGUGCAGGUCGCAGCGCUUAUUCGACGGCGAAAGAUGACGACUGCGGAGUUCUCCGGCGCCUAUAGUAGUGGGAUUGAGCAGUCUGGCCUUCAAGAUUAUCAAGUCUCACAGCAUGAUGGCAAUUAUAGGCAUUCUAUCUUCACAGUUUGGGCAUUUGAGUCAUUGGGCGAGAAAACACAAGCAUUACUUAAUGUCAUGUCAUUGCUCGAUCCAUUCCGUAUUCAGGAGUUCAUAUUGUCUCGAGAUAGUUUAGACACAUCUGAAAGCUUAUAUCCUAAGACAAGGUGUGACUAUGUGAACUCACGAUCAAGUCUCCUUAAAGCGUCGCUCAUUACACGGUCCCUCCCAACCGAGCACGUUGAGCUGCACCCUCUCGUACAAGAGGUUUUGCGUUCGCGGAUGAGUGGGGACGAUCUAGUCACUAGUUUCUCGGUCGCCGUCACGCUCGUUCAUGCUUCAUGGCCGCGGGAGAAUAUUAAAUGGCACCACGAGACGUCACAUCGUGAGCAGUCCGCGGAAAUGCUUGCUCACGCACUAAAACUUCGGACAGUAUACGAGAAAUCACUCAUAGAUAAGGUUCUACCUAGUAGAAUCGAAGAUCUCUGGAUUGAAGUUCUGAGGGCGAGCGGAUGGUACCUUUACGAGCGUGGCGAGCACGAAAUACCUUUGCCAAUUUUCCUCCUCGCCGAAAAACUUGCGAGAAAACGGAGUCCCGAGAGACCAGAUCUUCUCGCCGAUAUACUCAUGUGUUUAGCCGCUCUCGGAAUACACACAAGUAGCCCACAGGAAGUGCUGAAGUAUGCACGCGAGCAUUUAGAUUUACGACAACAAGUCUACGAUUCGCAUGCUAAAAAUGGCGACGUUCCAAUACGGGCACAGUACGAUCGCGCCAUGGGAAUAUCGACGAUGGCCCUAGCGUAUAAUGCAUUAGGAGACUUCGAGAAAGCAAUUCCAUACGCUAAGGACUCGCUUGAAAUUUAUUAUUCAUUUCCGACGUACAAGGACGUGCCUUAUUUCGCUGUAGCGCACAUGGGCUGGUCAUUAUGGUCUCUAGGACGGCACGAAGACGCGAGACAGCUUCUAGAGGGCGCCGUAGAGGCAGCUCGCAAGAGACAAGUCAAGGGGUCUUACGGACUUGCCGGGAUCCUUCUGCCUUUAGGCAACAUUCUUACAAGUUUGGGUCGACUUUCCGAAGCCAGUAGCGUAUACGAAGAGGCCGUCUCAAUGUUCUACGCAGCGAAUGGCGACAACUACAAGACAGGCCAGGCUCGACUUAAAUACGCUGAGCAUCUUGCUAGAGCCGGCCACGAAGAAGCAAGGCAAGUCACUCGGGACGAAGCAUCAAUCUCAUACUUUUACUAA